AUGUGUCCAUCUAAACAUGACUCUUUUCCUUGCACUUUAAUUCCUCCUGCCGUUUGCUGCACUCUCUGUAUUCCCGCUCCCCUCUGCACCCUCCCCCCCUCGUCCCUGUGCUCCCCUCUGAACGCCCCUCCCAGCUAUGAGAGGCUGGAGGUGCUAGCAGCGUUCACCAACGGGCUCUUCCUUCUCUUCCUCUCCUUCUCGCUAGCAGUGGAGUGCCUGCAUGCUUAUAUCGAGGAUGAAUCAGAGCACAAGCACUACCUGGUGCUCUCCGCGGUGGUUCAUCUGCUCAUCAACCUCCUCGGAGUCUUCUUCUUUAAGAGCUUCGCCCGCCGCACAAUAACAACGCGGCAUCCUACCUACUCAUCAACCUCCUCGGAGUCUUCGUCUUCAGGAGGCCCGCUGCACAAUUACAGUGGUGGCGUUGUCCUCGCCUCGUGGUUCAUUGCCAUUGGGGUGUACAGUGCAGAGGCCAUCUGCCUGGGCCUCGUCUCCCUCACAGUGCUCGUGCUCGCGCUCCCAUUGGUGCAAUCGUCCGGCAAUCUGCUGCUCCAGAUGGCCCCUGCAGGCAUCUCCGAGCCCGCCCUGCACAAGUGCAUUCGCCAUGUGGCGGCAUAUGAGGGGGUAGAGGAGUGCAUAGAGCAUCGCUUUUGGGCGGUGGUCCCCGGACAUGUGGUGGGGACACUCACUGUUCGGGUUAGAGAAGGUGUAGAUGAGCAGAAGGUUCUCGAGCAUGUCCAUUCCAUUUUCAAUGACAUUGGUGUCAGGGACCUCACUGUUCAGAUUGAAUCAACCUCGUAG